AUGCUAACAAGGCAAUGUUCAAGGAUAUGGAAACCACUUCAGAUACACUAUAGCCGUCGCCCUAUAUCUAGAAUACGGCACAAUCACACAGAGCCCACAUUCAAAACCACAGCAGAUUUAGCACCGGCUCCUACGAGAACAAGCCGCAUCUUCAUAUAUGGCUUCAUAUUUGGACUAGCUGGCGCUGGCCUCGCGUCGCUAUCACUCUACUAUACCCUCAAACGCCGUGAAUCCUCAACAUUAGAAGCCAUCCUCGAAAAUGUGGCCUCUCACAAUAGGAUGAAUGAACGAUUGAAGACACGGACGGUGAAUGAUGCAGAGCAUACGACGUUCUGGAAUACCCCUGAAUUCAAGCCUACGGUAUCAAAGUCAGCUUCGUCACGAUCUAGUGGUAGACAUUUUGAUACCCUGCAUACGAAUUUUAUUGCCGAUGCGGUGCAGGAUGUCUUGUCUUCUGUUGUUAAUAUUACUGUUGAAGUCGACACGUCGAAUCUGUUUCAGAGAAAAUCAAUGGUUUCAACUGGAUCUGGAUUCUUCAUUGAUGACGAGGGCACCAUAUUGACGAAUGCGCACGUUGUGUCUGAUUUCGCCGAGGGUGGUACUUUGGUCAUCAGCACAUCAGAUGGUGAAGAAUUGGAUGGCGAAAUCCAUUCUCUGGAUCCAUUGAGUGAUUUGGCUGUCGUCAAGAUUCGACAUGGUGGGACACGGAAAUGGCCUGCUGUGAAGUUUGCUACCAACAAGGAUCUGAGACCUGGUGACUGGGUAGUAGCCAUCGGAAAUCCGUUCGGUCUAACAGGCACCGUCACCUGUGGAAUCGUCUCGUCUCGCCGUCGCAAACCCUCUGAAAUCAACGCUGGCAAAGACGCAAGACUAGAAUACAUCCAAACUGACUGUGUAGUGCAUUCUGGAUCGAGUGGUGGUCCCCUCAUCAAUUUGGAUGGAGAAGUUGUGGGGAUUAAUACUACGAGAGCGGAGAGUGAGGGGAUAUCGUUUGCUAUUAGGGUUGAUAAUGCGAUGGAGAUUAUUCAGGCGUUGGUGCAUCAGGGAAGGGUUAUAAGGCCGUGGCUAGGUAUUCGAAUGUUGUCAUUAACUCCCCUUGUAUGGAGCCAACUAAAGACCCGAGGUGGAAACGAGCUGCUCCCCUUCAACGAUGACUCUGUUGGACAAGGUGGUGUCCUAAUAACCGCAAUAUACCCAGACUCGCCUGCCCACACCUCCAACAUCCGAAUCGGCGAUGUCAUCGUCUCUGCCAAUGGCUCUCGCGUGAGGACUUCGGGCGAAAUACUAAAAGUUAUUGGAUUGGGAGUUGGUGAACCUGUAGUCAUGCAAAUCAGGAGACGAGCUGGAGGAAAGAUUGUUGAGCAUGUGGUCAAAAUUGUGCCCGAAGAAUUAAAUAUUUUUUUAUCGGACCGAGUGGAAUUCUUGUUGUAA